AUGCAGCCUGUCACUGGCGCCGCGUCGCUCUCCUCUCCUGCCUCUCGCCGCACGAAGAAGGUCUUUGUCGGCUCGCGCCCGCAGCCUGCGCGGAAGACGAAUGCAGUCGGUUCCUUCCCUCCUCCCUCUCACUCAUUUGCCUUCUCUGCGGCCUCUUCUUCUGCCUCCGCGGCGUCUGCAUCUGCCUCCGCGGCGUCUGCAUCCGCCUCCGCAGCGUCUGCGUCUGCCUCCGCAGCGUCUGCAUCCGCCUCCGCAGCGUCUGCGUCUGCCUCCGCAGCGUCUGCAUCCGCCUCCGCAGCGUCUGCGUCUGCCUCCGCAGCGUCUGCAUCCGCCUCCGCAGCGUCUGCGUCUGCCUCCGCAGCGUCUGCAUCUGCCUCCGCAGCGUCUGCAUCUGCCUCCUCGCCAGCCCGCCUGCGCGCCCUUUCCGCCUCAGUCAGGCGCCGCGACACGCAGGGGCCUCCCCGCGCGCAGGAAGGAGAGGGCCGCGAGGAGAAUGCGUUUCUAGCCGUCGACUGCCGCGAGCCGCGUGCGACUGCCAGACAGGCGCGCGGCGGCGCUGCGCAUGUGCGUGCCCAAAGAAGCCGCGGAGGAGGCGAGCGAACGCGUCGGACGCUGAGCGCGGGGGGGUUUGGAGUCUGCGACUCGAACGGAGAAGGGCUUUUUCCUUGUGAGACCGAGGCGCCCGCGAGCGGCGCGGCACGCAGAGACGACGGCCGAGCCGACCUGCACGGGAGAGCGAGCGGUGGGCGCCAGGCGGGGCAGGUAGGGGAGAAGGCGCGACGUCCACGCGAGCCCGGAGGGAGGUCUCCGCGCCGUGGGGAGUCCUCCACUUCGUGUGGCGCAGAGUCGCGCGCGCCUGCGAAUCCCGCGUCGGCUGAGCGCAGCCAGAGGCUCCAGGGAGGCGACGCAGCUCAGACUUUCCUCGGCGUCCGCGGGGAGGAGAUCCGGCCUGCGCGUGCGUCCGCGGUUCGCGUCGCCGCGACAGAAGAGCAUCCUGGGGCCGCGAAGGCCCUCGCCGGCUGCCGCCUCGUGCGCUGUGCAGCAGAGAGGGAGGAGGCGAAGCGCGGCGGCGCGCGCGCGGUGUCUCUUUCUGUCGUGAGCGCAGCCGCAGACCGGAGGGAGGCCUCUCGCGGACCCGUCGAAGAGCGAGAAAGCGGUCGGGCUGCGGCGGCUUGCCUCCUCCCGCCAUCAAAGCAACGGGAGAAAAAGGCGCACAAAGUGGCGCAAACGCCAAAGUCCGCGGCGGCCGCGCGAAGCGUCUCCGCGACUCCUUCGGCGACUUUUGCUCGCGUGCCGCUUCCGUGGGGUCCUCUCUCCACAGUUCCCCCGCGAGAGGACGGAAGUUCGCAGCUCCUUCGGGCGCCGGCGGGAGCAGAUUCUGCGCCGCCGCAUGCGCUUUUCUUCAACUCGGCGCCGAGGCGAUCUGCUGCAGGAAGCAAAAGGCACCUGCGCGUCAGCGGGCGCAGCGCGGAAAGACGAGCGAAAGUACUUCACUCCCAGCCGCCCCCGCCGCUCGCCUCUUCCUCUGCACUCCCCUCUGGGGAGAGUCCUCUCUUCGCAUCGCCUCUCUCUGGGCACCUGGAGACCCCGGCCGAGCACGAGGCGCUGAGACAAGCGCAGCGGGAGAAGCGAGGAGAGACCGGCGAAGAGGACAGGGAGGCCGCGAAGGUGGGAGGCAGGGCGGAAGGGAGAGAGGACGAGGGGUUCGCGAGCGACGUGUCGGCGAGCUCCGAGACGAUUUUGCCUUCACAGUCGCUGAGCCAGGCCCUGGCGUCUUUCGCGGAGUGCAGACUCCGCAACGUCAGCGAGGAGGACUCGCGUCUGGGGAGUUCGUCUGUGGCCGAGACGCGGGGUGUAUGUACAGCGGAGCCGUCGCUGGUGCGGUACGAGGCGGCUCUCUUCCCGCCCUGCUCGCCUCCGCAUUCGCCUUCUCCGUCGUCUUCUGAUCACGACGAGGGCUUUUUGCUGGAAACGCUCACGCCCCGCGCGUGCGAAAAGCGAUUUGAAAACGUGCAUACAGCUCUUCGUCUCUCGCUGCCUUCCUCUUCGUCUCUCACGUCGCUCAACCCGUCGUCGCUCUUCCUGGCUAAAACGCACCCUCGCGCGGCGUCCGCAUCCUCUUCUCGCACCUCUCUCCGGUCGCCGACGCUCCAGGUCUCCUGUCGCCUCUCCCCGUCCACCCUGGCGCCAGGCAGCGCACCCGACGGCGAGUGUACGAUUUCGCAGCCGGCGCGCAACAUGGAGACGCGAUACGCGCCCGCGCCCUCGCUGCCUCCCCCGAUGCCGCGGCAGGCGAGUCUCCGCCCGGCGCCGCGGCUGCCGCUGCCGCCGCCGCGGAGGAGCGUCUCCUCGCAGAACAGCCCCUUGCGCCUGCGCGCGUCUCUUUCUGCAGCCGAGGCUCAGAAGGCGGAGGACAGGUCGCCGCCGGCGCCCGCGGCGUCUGACCGCCGCAACGGGCUUCCGGCACGCCGGGCUCCGUCGAGUCCGCUCGCUGGGGUGGGCGUCCGCGACAAAAGCGCGGAUGGCACAGAUGCGGCUGGCAACAGAGAUUCGGGGGCGGAGGACGCCACAGCGGCGAGUCCUUCGCGCAGCGCGGUCUCCGGCGUGGGGGACGCGGCCGUGCCGAGGCGGAAGAGCCUAGAGGCGGGAGAGGCAAGAAAGGGCGACGCGCGCGACGGUUUAGGGCGUAGGAAUCCCUGCGAGACGCAGGCGACGAGGCAGCGAGAGACAGUGUGCUCUGCAGACGGCGCGCCGCCGCGGACGACCCGCGCAGGCGACGACGACGGGAGGCCGGCACGAGCCUCUCGGCCGUCCGCGCGGGUAGGUCGCGCGGAGGCGCCCACGCAUGCGCCUCCGCGGCCGCCUCGCGCGCAUCGUCUGCUGCCGGCGCUCGCGGGAGAUCCCAUUGUGAGCAUCGACCUUGAUGCGCGCGUCGGGGUCGUCGCCGGCAGCAUGCUAGGGCGUGUAUCGGCGCACUUCUUUGACCGGCGCACGCGCCCGGCAUCUCCCGAAAAGGAGGAAACGCCGAGGGGAGCAGCUGCGCCCGGCUCGCCAUCUUCUGCCUCUUCUGCUUUUGCGCCUUCCUGCUCGUCUUCUUCUUCGCUCGGGUCGUGCUCGCCCUCCUCUCGCGGGUCGUCGCCGCCGCGGGAGCCGCCGCUGCUGGCGGCGCUGGCGGCGCCCGCGCGUUCGCAGCCUCCGCCGGCGGUGCAACGGCUGCGGAAGUUCUUCGCGGCGCUGCCGGGGGCGGAGCGCCUCGCGUGCGUGAAGCAGACGGGCGAGCGACUGAGGCAGACGGCAGCGAGCAUGCUGCGCAACUCGCUGCACCCAACCGCCGUCACGCGGGCGCCGCCGCUGCACCCGAACUGUUACUUCACCGAGGCGCAGGUGGAGCGCGCCGCGGCGAAGAAGAGACACAGCGCGCAGAUCGAAGCAGAAUCGAGUGAGCAGCAGCCUGAGGCGACAGAGGCCGCGCGCGACCAGCGCGGACACGCCAGCGCGGAAGCUAUGGCGCCGCAGGGUGGAUCGCUGCGGAGGCCUCGGGGGGAAGCAGCAGCGCACGCGCGAGACGGCGACGGCGGACUGUCGUGCCGCAACCAGCCAGAAGGCGCGGAGACGCUGGGCGACGAGGACCUGCGGAGCGGCGCAGAAGGGCACGCAGAGCGGAAAAUGCUUACAGCAGGCUGCAGCAGCGGCGAGCCGCUGGAAGGCUCGCAGGGCGAAAUCGAGCGGAAGAGGGCGAGUCGCGGCAGCGCGGCAGCCCGGCUUCUCCUCGCGCCUCUUGCCCCGCUUCAGGUGCUGAGGAAAGCCAAGCAAAGAACGAGGAGAGAAAAAGAGAACGAGGAGCCGCGCCCCUGCAAGUGUCUCACGGGGCUCUUUGUCCUCUUCGCUGCGUACGGAGACGACGCUUGCUCUUGCGUCAGCAUCAACCCUGCCUGCGUGUAUUCGAUUUUCGGCAUGAGCGAGAUUGUCCGCUGGGAGAGCAAAACGCUGAAGUGCCUCGGCGGCGAGCGCGUCUCGCCUUCGCAGUUCGCGCCGCAUCGGUCUUCGCAAAGCAGCACGACGUUCUUCAUGAGUCGCCACCCCGUGCGCUGCUCGCACCGGGCUCAUGCUGAGCGCGGGCGCGUCUUCGCAGGCGGCGGAGGCGUCGGCAUGAUCAUCUCGCUCGGCUGUGGCGCCUACGAGGACCUGCAGCGGUUUUUUUGCAUUCCACUCUGGCGCAGCUUGGAGGCGAACGCCGUCGUCGUCUUGGACUGCGACGGCACGCACCUGCUAUGUGUGACGAGCGAGUUUAUCUCCGGCACGCGCUACUUCUACAUCAUGGACCUACGGGGCGCGUGCAGCACCGAAUUCAAAGAGAACUACAGCUGGGCGACGACGCGAAAGGGUUUCAUGCAAAAGUUCGUGGCGUACAAGCGGGAGGCGCCGAAGCACUUUAGCCUGGCGAAGCUCUUUCGGCGUUCCUUCCUCGUGGUCUGCGACGGCAGCUACGGGAACAGGCUCGUCGUCUACGAGGCGUCCGCGGCGCUUGAGGCCUACAGCGCGACGCGCAAGCGGCUGAUGCUCGAGCGGCGGCGCGAGGCGCGGCGGAAGCGAGGCGGCGCGCCUGAAGAAGAGGGAGAGGAAGAAGACGAGGCGCUCGGGUGGGACGACGAGGAGCUCUGCGACCUCGACGGAGACUGCGGCCUCUGGGACGCGGACGGAUUUGAGCAGCCGAAACCCGCCCCCGUGGAAGUCGACUACGGCAAACCCGUGCACACGUUCGUUGGCCACCUGGCAAGCAUCGUCGCCAUUGACGCCGCCCGCGAAGACGAUCUACUUUUGUCGAUCGACUCCGACGCGAAGCUCUUCCUCUGGCGCUGGCGGUUCACGGCUCCUCUGCUCGUCGUGGACUGCAGCCCUGCGAAGUUCUACCUCGGUUGGCCGUGGGUGUUGGUCAGCCACGAGGCCGUCGUCGCGUUCUCCUGCGACCACGGUGUAUACAUCGUGCGGCUGACGGGGGAGACGGAGGAAGACGUGGAGCCUGUCUUUCGUUCCUCGCGAAUUCGGCCGUUUUGGUCCAAACGCUUCUCCAGUUGCAAAGUGGUGGCCCUCCAGAGCGAGGCUCCUCGCGCGUAA